CAGCACGUCGGCACAGCCCUCCCCAGAGCAGCGCGGGCGCCGGCCGGAGCGCAGCGGCCGCGGGCACUGCAGGGAGGCCGGGGGCGGGAAGCGGGCGGGCCUUCCUUGCCGCCUCCCGCACGGGACCCGGAGGGAGGGGGCUGCCAGACGAGCCCGAACUGCGGGAGCAAACUUUCAGAGAACACCCCCAGCCCAGGCCAGGAGUCCCCCGGGCCCUCGGCGGCACAGAGCAUGGACGCGGUGCUGCUAGAGCACUUCCCCGGGGGCCUGGACGCCUUCCCGUCCUCUUACUUUGACGAGGAGGACUUCUUCACCGACCAGUCUUCUCGGGACCCUCUGGAGGACGGCGAUGAGCUGCUGGCGGAUGAGCAGGCCGAGGUGGAGUUCCUCAGCCACCAGCUGCACGAGUACUGCUACCGCGACGGGGCGUGCCUGCUGCUGCAGCCCGCGCCCUCGGCGGCCCCGCACGCGCUCGCCCCGCCGCCCACCGUGGGCCCAGGCGAGCGGGAGCACAGCGGCGGCGGCGGCUACUGCUGGGAGGCGGGGGCGCCCCCCGGCGGCUUCCCCUUCUCACCCGGCUCGCCGCCCUCAUGCCUCGCCUACCCGUGCGCCCGGGCGGCAGUGCUGAACCCCGGGGCGCGGCUGCGCGGCCUAAGCGGGGCGGCGGCGGCGGCGGCGGCGGCCCGGCGGCGGCGGCGGGUGCGCUCAGAGGCAGAGCUGCAGCAGCUGCGACAGGCGGCCAAUGUGCGCGAGCGGCGGCGCAUGCAGUCCAUCAAUGACGCCUUCGAGGGGCUGCGCUCGCACAUCCCCACGCUGCCCUAUGAGAAGCGCCUCUCCAAGGUGGACACGCUGCGCCUGGCCAUCGGCUACAUCAACUUCCUCAGCGAGCUCGUGCAGGCAGACCUGCCCCUGCGCGGCGGCGGCGCGGGCGGCGGCGGGGGGCCAGGCGGCGGGCGCCUGGGCGGGGACAGCCUGGGUAGCCAGGCCCAGAAGGUCAUCAUCUGCCACCGGGGCACCCGGUCCCCCUCUCCCAGCGACCCGGAUUAUGGCCUCCCUCCCCUUGCAGGACACUCUCUCUCUUGGACUGAUGAAAAACAACUCAAAGAACAAAAUAUUAUCCGAACAGCCAAAGUGUGGACCCCAGAGGACCCCAGAAAACUCAACAGCAAAUCUUCCUUCAACAACAUAGAAAAUGAACCGCCUUUCGAGUUUGUGUCCUGAGAAAGUCCCAGACCCUCCUGAGGAUCUGGUUAUGUCUGUGUGCAUAUUGUACAUGUAAAUAUCUAUAAUGCAAAUGUAAUUUAAGAAUCACAUUUUUCUAAUGGCAAUCAACUGUUAUUUAUCUAUUUAUUAUCCUGUCGAGUUAAUGAACUAGGUGAUCUCUUUUUAAAUAUAUAAUUUAUAUAAUUUAUCCUGAUUUUUCUAAAAAUAUGCAAUAGCCUGUGAUUCCCCACCCCCCAGCACCUUUGGAAGAACUUUGCGUUGUUGGAACAACUCUGGCCAGAAAACUUCAUGCUAAUUUAUUGCAGAUACGGCUUAUUUCCAAGCAAUGUUAAUAAAUGCUAUUUACACCUUU